UGGGCAACUAAUGGGUGAAAGAUUCAACUCAAUUCAUAGUAACGAAACAGUCCCACCACACGUUAACUGCGUAACAUAUAUAGUCAAUCUCAGCGCCACUCCUUCUUUAGUAAAUCAGGGAGAAGGCAGUUGAUUAGGGAAACGAACUACUCAAAGGUUCAUCAAAGAUCAGCAACCUCAACCUUAAAACUAAGAAGAGAGCAUAAAGAAAUCAAACUGCUAUUGAAAACGGUAUUGGAUAUUGAGAUUACUUAUACUUUGAAUACCUUGUUCCAUGUACUCUAACCCGCAGUGUUUGAAAGGGUUAGAAGUAGGGCAUUAGGGGGCUUAUGUUUCAUGAGUGUGGGAAAUUGGCAGUUGUGGUUUUUAUUAUUCCAUGGAUGCCCUAAGUGCGCUAGAAAGAAAGGUCAUCUAUAUAGAAGCGACCAGUGUUGCAGAAGCAAUACGGUCAAAUCUUAAGGUGAUUCUCCUGGAUUCACGUUCUUUUAUGGUUUACCAUACAAGCCACAUACACACCGCUAUAAAUAUUGGUGGCAACAGGGCAUUUCAGAGAAAAUUCUCACAGAAUAAAGUGUCUUUUGAUGUUUUCUUGUGCAAGCUAGCAAAUUACAGAAAUCUUGUGGAGCUACAAAAAAUACCAAUCAUUGUUUACGACGAAUGUGUUGAUUCCCUGAGUAGCCUAAGACCUGAAUGCUUUCUGUUUUCUCUUCUGGCCCAGUUGACGUCGAAAUUCCCAGUCGUUUUUCUUUUGAAAGGUGGUUUUUUGGGAUUUCAAGCGUCGUUCCCCGAAUUGUGUUGGCUUAAUACAGAAAAAGUUGUUGGUGAAGAUGUUGCGGAAUAUCAUCAAUAUGACUGUCACCUGGAGCAGAUAUUGGAUGAUUGUCUAAGUCAUUCGACGCACACUGAUACCUCAGCCAGUGUUCCUCUCCGUCAAGCAGUUUGUGAGCCAGAGAUCUUAAGUACAUCUGCCAAUACUGCCACUGUAGUCAAUCCAGUGUGCAUCCCAGCAGCCCAGUCAGUGAGUUCAAAUUCUGCUUCAUUGGAACAUGGUGUUCUUCCCUUACAAAUACAACAGUUGAAUCAACCUUCAACGGGACUUCUACGGAUGUUAAGUUCUGAUUCCAGUGUGGAUAAUCGUACAAGAUCUGCAAUAGAGGUGAAAGUUGAUAGUACUGGGAGUACAUCGCCUCGUCCAUCUCCAAUUCUUCCACAUUUGGUGUUGGGCAGUCGAGAAGAUGCUAAUUCUCCAACCAUUUGCAAACAGUAUGGCAUCACCCAUAUCGUUAAUGUUUCUCUUGAAGGAGGAAUUCCAUCGCAUAUCCUGAAGCAGAAUUUUUAUCAAAUUCCUGUGAAUGACAAUUACACUGACCUCAUGACGCCUUAUUUCAAGGAUGCUUUUGCAUUCAUAGACUCUGCUAAAACAGCGCAUGGACGAGUAUUAAUUCAUUGUUCAGCAGGAAUAUCUCGUUCACCUACUCUAGCAAUUGCUUAUCUUAUGUACUCCUGUCGAAUGAAAAUGCGUGAGGCAUAUGAUGUCGUUAAAUCUGGACGAAACAGUGUCGCACCUAAUUUUAAUUUUCUCGGUCAACUGUUGGAAUUUGAGCAUCAUCUCCAUGAUUCCGGUUGUAGUGAAGCUUCGAUUGAUAGUACACCAACUUUUGGCAGUCCCAGUAGUCUGUGUUCUUCUGUUUCUUACGUUCCAACAGAAUCUUCAUCCUUGCAUGUACCGAAAUCUGGCUCAUGUUCUUCACCUUUUUCAUUAGGUUUAACUCCAACAUCUCCGAAAAUACUGUCGAAGAAGAGAGACAGGCCUACUUAUCUCGGCCUGGAAACUGUUUCAUCAUCCCUUGGAGGGUUUUUGGAGAGACCUGUUAGAAAAAGUUCUCUGCAUUGUGCCGGACUAAUCAGGCCUAUCCCUGAAUCUGGAAUAAGUCCUACUGAAGGGAAACGUAGCAGAGUUUCAGCAUUAUUAUCUCCUACGCGGUCACCAAGUACAUUGUUACCAUCCCCUUGCACUGGUCUGUCGAAACUGGAGAUAUCGUCACCUUUGGAGGAAUAUCGUUCAUUGUUAUCAGUUUCUCGUGCUCCGUCGUCCAAUGCACCUGGUAGUGUACUUCCGGGCCCCGAAUCAACUGAACAAAUGCUUAAGUUUAGGUCGUUUCUUUCGUCUUCAACUAGCCUACAAACAUUAAAAUUUGAACCAUGUUCUUCUGUUUUACCACCACAUCCUGUUAAGUUAAUGACUGCAUUUUCUUCUGCAAGUAUUCUUAGACUCCGUCGUUCAUCAUCCACAGUGGCCACUAUAAGGCCAACUUUACUUGCCCACCGUCGUCUUUCCUCUCACGCAAGUGCACCACCAACUCCAAGACCAGUCUCCGUUGAAGGAAAUCAUGCAGUUUAUCACAGUAUUUUGCGUCCUCGUGGUUCGUUUCAUUUAACAAGUAAUCUUCCUACCACAGAUCCAUCUAGGGUUCGAGAGUUAAGUCCUUCUAAUCCCGUAUGCCAAGAACCAAAACUUGAGUAUGAACAGCUGCAGAAAUGUGAUGUGAGUUUUGAUGUGGACCAUCAAGAUAUUAUGUCCAUAGAUGUCACUACUGGGUGCUCAAGCUUUCUAUCAGAUUUCCUAAAAUCCAAUGUAACCACUAAUUUUCCACACAGCAACGACACCUUCACCAAGAGCUCAUCAAAAAAUGAUAAACUUAAAAUGAAUUUCUCUUCACCUAGGUGUAUUAAUCCUUCUAAUAAAAAUGAUUCAAGUCAACUUAGUCGUAGUGCGCCAUCGCAAAGUGAUAUUGACUUGAUGUUUUGCACUGAUCAAGCUAACUUUAGCCGUCAUUCUUUUUCUGCACGUUGGUCAUUAAGUGUUCGCGAUGAACUUGUUUCAUCAUAUCCUUCUCUAACAGAGCCGAGGAAGUGGGAUACAACACUGACUUCAACAUCUGUAAAACCAUCAGCGUAUGCACGAUUACGUCCUCAAGUUAUUGGUACCGAAACUUCUUGUCGGCGUCAACAACAAUCUAUUGUGCAAUCAUCCAGUAGUAGCAGUCCUUCUUCAUCUACCAGUCAUAACUCCACUCAUGGUAGUAGUUAUGGCCUAUUUACUAUUUCUUAAAUUGCAUUUGUUUUGUCAGGCUGAUUUAGGGAGGAGGGGAAGAAUUUUGUUUAAGGUAUUUACUAUCUACUUCUCUAUCCAAUUUUUUAUACAAAUAACUUUGCAACCUAGCUUUAUUUGUUUGUUUUCUGAUUUAUUUAUUUGAUAAUAUAGAUAUACUGCAUUUAUUUACUAGAAAUUAAUUGUUUAUCUUAUUUCAAGUCUUCAUAUAUAUAUAUAUAUAUAUAUA